AGAGUUGAUUUCUGCAUUCUUCAUGUCAAGAUUAAUCCUGGACUUGAACUCAAACACUGCUGCUGAGCUGAUUGGCUGAAGUGUGUUGAGUUGUCCACUAUAAACUGGUGUAGUGUCAGGAAGACAAAGAGUGAGGCUGAUCUGAGAGGAAGCUGCAGAAGCACAGGAAGAGCUGCUGCUGUUUAAACAAGAGCUCAACAUAUAUAUAUAUAUAUAAAGCAGAAGACGAGUGUCAGACACACAGAAUGGCUGAUAGGAGUCCUCUGUUUCUGCUGCUCAUCUUCUGGACACUCAGCACAGGUGUGUUUGGAGAAGAGGACACUCAUGUGUUCAGCAGAUCUGGAGAAACUGUUCAUCUGCCCUGUAGAAACACUGAUCAGUACUGCAGAACAUCAGGAACUACAUGGACCUACAGCAGUUACAGACAGACAGCAGCAGUUCAGCUGAUUGGUUUAGGGGUAAAGAAGAGAAACUCAGAGAGACUGAAUCUGGGCUCUGACUGCUCUCUGAUCAUCAGUAGAGUCACAACAGAAGAUGCUGGACGUUACACCUGCCAACAGUGGAGUGGACGAGGAGGACACCAGUAUGGACCUGAUUCAGCUGUGUAUCUGCAUGUUGUUGCUGUCUCUCCAUCAUCAUCAUCAUCAUCAUCAUCAUCUUCAUCAUCAUCAUCUUCAUCUGAUAUUGGUCCGGGUCUCUCUCUGACUCUCUCAUGUCGGCUGUUCUCAUAUUAUGAAGUCUCCUGUGAUUAUUUGUUCAGUUCUGAGGAUCUUCAUCUGUCCUGGGUGGAUGAGGCUGGUGUUGAUCUGAACACAGACUCCAGAUAUCAGAUCUCUUCUACAGGCUGUAUCAUCAGUCUGUCUACAACACUCAUCAGUGAAGAUGAAGAUAAACAGUGGAGAUGUGGAGUCUAUCAGAGAAAUCAACUGAAGACCUCAGACACGUUUACUGUCCACUAUUCAGGUGUGUUUGGCGAAGAGGACACUCAUGUGUUCAGCAGAUCUGGAGAAACUGUUCAGCUGCCCUGUAGAAACACUGUUCAGUACUGCAGAACAACAGGAACAACAUGGACCUACAGCAGAUACAGACAGACAGCAGCAGUUCAGCUGAUUGGUUUAGGGGUAAAGAAGAGAAACUCAGAGAGACUGAAUCUGGGCUCUGACUGCUCUCUGAUCAUCAGUAGAGUCACAACAGAAGAUGCUGGACGUUACACCUGCCAACAGUGGAGUGGACGAGGAGGACACCAGUAUGGACCUGAUUCAGUUGUGUAUCUGCAUGUUGUUGCUGUCUCUCCAUCAUCAUCAUCAUCAUCAUCAUCUUCAUCAUCAUCAUCUUCAUCUGAUAUUGGUCCGGGUCUCUCUCUGACUCUCUCAUGUCGGCUGUUCUCAUAUUCUGGACUCUCCUGUGAUGAAUUGUUCAGUUCUGAGGAUCUUCAUCUGUCCUGGGUGAAUGAGGCUGGUGUUGAUCUGAACACAGACUCCAGAUAUCAGAUCUCUUCUACAGGCUGUAUCAUCAGUCUGUCUACAACACUCAUCAGUGAAGAUGAAGAUAAACAGUGGAGAUGUGGAGUCUAUCAGAGAAAUCAACUGAAGACCUCAGACACGUUUACUGUCCACUAUUCAGCUCCAGAUCUCACAGCUAAAGCAGAGCCGACACCACAGACUGAACCAGCAGCAGACACAACUGAAGCUGGAGCUCAAACAGCAGCAGCAGAGACUCCAGACCACAGCACAAACUGCACUUCUAUAACAGCUAAAGCUGAAGCAGAGACAUUCUGUGUGAUUAAACAGCAGUGACUCCAGCGCUCUUCACAACACCAGCAGCAGCUUCAGCUCAGUCUACACACUCCUCUGCUCUUCUCAUCUACACAGUUUUGAUAAACGGACAGAUCAUUUACAGGGAUAUGAGAUUUUAAACCAGUAUAAUGAUGGCCAUCGCCAGGAUUUGCUUUUAAGUAGGAAAACAGCAACAUUUAGCUUGAAUCAUUUUCUUAAAUGAGAUUUCUUGUAUGAAUGAUGAAUGCCUGUAUAUGAAUGCUUGAUGAACUUCUGCUAUUCUCCUGAUUAGUUGUUGAACACUGAGCUGUCAUGAUGCAGUUUUGAUGGUCUUUGACAGUGUUGUACAUACAUUAUCAUGAUGGUUAUUCUUGUUUUGCUGGUUGUGUUCUCCUCGCGCUUCUGUUUUGAUUAUUGUUCAUUUUUAAGCACAGAUGGUGCAGUGUUGCCAGAUAUUGCUCAGACAAACAAACAAAGAAAUCCUCUGCCAAAAAAAAUAUUAUAAUAAUAAUUCCAAAUAUUGUAUUUUGUUUUUAUUAACAGCCAAAUUACUCAAUGCUGUCAGUAAAAAACAACAUGAAAUGAUGCACAGCAUGAACUGCGAUUACACUCAUAGAGAACUGAGCUGCCCUGUGCUGUUUAUUUGUUUGCUAAUGUUUACUUUAUCAUUAACUGUGUAAUACAAUUCAUUUAUUUUGUGUUUAUAUGUAUUUCCUCAUCAUUCUGGUCUUUAUAUUAUUAGAGUUUAACAUUAUGACAGAUUCUCUAGACACUUAAGUGACUGUUUGUCAGUGUCUGUAAUUAUUUCUGUAGAUUAAAGAUGAAUUUGACAGUGACUGUUCCAAUGUUUUUCUAAUAUAUUUCUGUAAAUAAAUAAAAUUCUGUAAGGACCCUA